AUAAAUAUAAACUAUCCAAACAAGGCAAAAGGGCGUCUCCUUCCUCAUCUCUUCCCUUUAAUUCAAAAGCCCCAAAGUUUUGAUCUUUACCAUCCCCUUCUUCCUUUCCGGCCCAGCACUCCUCCAACCAAUUAGUUCUUCAUUUUAAAUCUAGGGUUUCUAUUUCUUUUUUAUCUUCUACUACACUUUCCAGUUCUGAAGCAGCCGCCUUCAAGAUUUCCGCUUUUCUAUGCACCUUUGAGGCUAUACCCAUUUCUAUCCUUGUCCAGAAUUGCCCAUAUAUUAAUUUUCUUUGGUAACUUCUUCUUCAACAGGGCUUGGGCGUGGUGUAAAUGAAUGGACGGGAGAGACGGAAUGUCGUCACCUGGGUCGGGUCCUUACUAUAUUCAUAGAGGAAUUCAUGGGUCUGUAUCUGGUGUUACUGGUGCAGUUAGUCAUCCUGGAUUACAUCUCCAAUCUGGGUUUAUGCCUGUAACAAACGCAGCUAACAUCUCAGAACAGUCCAAUGUAAGGUAUAACAAUAACUCUCUAGGUUCUUCUGGUUCAGCCUUUCCUGUGCAAAUUCCUUCAGCCAAUUCUGCUCAUGGCUUCAACAUGAACAUCGAUUCUUCCAAUAUUCCCUCUGUUGAACCGGCUGUUGAACCGCCUGUUGAACCAGCGAAGAAGAAAAGAGGAAGGCCCAGGAAGCAGGUUCCAGAUCAUGAUCCAAACAUGGUUUUAGAACUUACUCCAUUGUCAUCAAGGUCUCCUGCAGCAGAUGAGGCUACAACAACCACCAGGAAGAGAGGCAGGCCUGCCGGAUCUGGGAGGAAGCAACAGUUAUCUGUUCUUGGUGGAUGGAUGAAUAGUUCGGCAGGACUGGCCUUUACACCUCAUGUCUUACAUGUUGCACCUGGAGAAGAUGUAGUCUCAAAAGUUAUCUCAUUUUCACAACAAAGAUCAAGAGCAGUAUGCAUAUUAUCAGCAACUGGUUCGGUUUCAUCAGUUGCACUUAAUCAGCAGUCUGCAUCAUCAUCCUCUCCCAACAAUGUCACAUUUGAGGGGCAUUUCCAGAUAGUAUGCUUAACCGGUUCAUACUUAAUUGCUGAAAGUGGUGGUCCUCGGAAUAGAACAGGAGGUUUAAGUGUUUCUCUGUGUAGAUCUGAUGGAAAUGUCAUAGGGGGUGCAGUUGGUGGUGUGCUUGUUGCAGAUGGCCCGGUUGAGGUAGUGUUGAGCAGCUUUGUUUAUGGGGGUUUAAAGGAAAAGGAGAAAGUGGAGGCAGUUGAGACUUCCAAACAGGACAAUAGUUUGCAAUCCAAGUCUGAUGAGAUCUCGCCUGAAACGGGGACGGCGGCUUCGAGGAAAAGUACAAGAAAUCCUGAGAUGGAUAUUGACCUGAUGCGCGGUUGAGUUUGAUAGACAACAUAGAUGUAUUGUGUACAUGUGUUGUAAAUGGACCACCCUUUGAACUGACCAACCAACCGAUGCUCAUGAAAAGCAUUAUGUUGCUUGUCAUUUUUGUCUUCUUAGAGAUGAUCUUUAUUUAAGUCAGGAUUCUUUUUUUUUGUUUUGAACUUCGGUUUAUAUGACUUUUUUUUCAUAAAGCUGGGGACUGAUUAAAGAAGUUGGGAAAAUCUACUCUUGACCAGAAAUAGAGUGAAUUUGUCUGCAUUUUGGUUUGAGUUUGGUCUCUUUUUUGUGGUAUUUUCAUCAUGGAAUGUGGGAUUCUCUAAAUUUUCUUGUAUGGUUUAGUCCAAAGUCUAAACACUUGUAUUUUCACAAUCACUAAUUAUAUUACACAUACUGUUUUCAA